ACCACGGAUGUGGACAAGAAUUUCAGCGUUCGGCGUUUAAAUGCCGUAAAGUGCGCGUUUUCAGCUUAGUGCGCUUGCAAUUUGUGCAUAUGUGUAUGUGAAUGUGUGUGUUCGUAAAUACUCUUCGAGCAGCAAUCCUUAAAGGAACGCGCUAUUUUAUCAGAUAAAUUGUGGGUUGGAGCUUCAAAGUGAACACACAAAUAAUAUAAAAAAUUAUAAUUAAAUGUAGCUGUAAUAAAACUGUUAGAUAAUAGCGGUACAUUUACUCUGCAUAAUAAUAAAAUCAAGAGCAUAUACGACAAUUGCAGUGCUGUAAGCAAAUCUACGGAAAUAAAUAUCACACAUCCUCGUUUGAUUACUGAAAAAAUCGCAUGCGAUAAAUACAUAUACAUAUAUGUAUUGUAUAAAGCUAUAAACCGACAAAUAUAAGUAAAGUCGCUACUACCCUUCAAAACCAGUAAAAUUAUCAAACGGCGUCAUCACAAGCGCGUCAGCAGCUGUUAACACUUCUUCUGCGCGGGCUUGUGUGUGUUUACAACUUUAGCUGCUUCAAUACAAUUACUUGUCAGAAAAAAUGUUAGACAAGCCCAAGUUCAAUAAGAUUGGCAUAGCUGUUCAGUUAACUGCCAACGCUGAACGGAAACGGACGUGUCUCAUUGCUGCGGAAGUUUUAUGCGAACCUUAGUAAGAGUAUAAAGGUUAGAAGCGUAUGCGAAAAGAAAACGGAAACGCGAAAAAUCAGGAAUAAAAUUAAAUGUGAAACAUGUCAAAGAAGCUCUUCAUUCUCGUUCUAACGGUUGCGCUGGUGGCGACAAUAUUUGUUAAUAGUGUUAGGAGCUCCGCAGUGUUGAUCUCGGAUAACGCCAUGUCGGUUAUGGUAGAGCUUUCCUCGCGGCAUCCAUUCUGCAAAAUGCAUACUGAUCGUGGUGAUAUCCAACGUAUGCUGCUACAAUCGGAUCCCAGACGCAUACGACAGGUACCGCGCGAAUCGGUUAUGGAGCUGGAGGAGGUUUGUUUAAAAUCCGGCUCGUAUGGGCGCGAGUUUCGUGGAGGACUGGGUUUUAUCUAUCCCGGCACGAAAUGGUGUGGACCAGGCACCACCGCUGACGAUUAUAAUGACUUGGGUCCGCAUGUCGCCGAAGAUCGCUGCUGUCGCGAACACGAUCACUGUCCGAACGUAUUGAAUGUGGGCGAGUGCCGACGCGGUCUCUGCAAUACCGGCACUUUCACGCGUUCACAUUGCGACUGUGAUGCACGUUUGCGCAAAUGUUUACAAUCGUUAAACACAGAAACGGCUAACACGCUGGGCGCAAUAUUCUACAACGUGGUACAGGUGACUUGCUUUCAAGAGCGCAGUCCAUGCUCGGCGCACCAAAGGUUUGAAGAUUUCUUUUAUCGUACAAAUCGCUGUGAUAUUACAUUCCGUCAGGCGGAUCUGUAUGUGCCGCCCAAUGCGGGCAAUGUUAUAGAGAAAAUUCUAUCACACCCCUAUGGCUUGCCGCCAAAGCCUUACUUUUAUCCGGGGCCCACUCACGGUAAUGAAUACUACGGUCGUGCGCUGCGUUCUGACAGCGUUCCGGCUGUAAGACAAAAUUUCAAUUCGCUCACCAAGCGUUUGGGUGUAAAAGUCGCUUCGGUGGGUUUGGCCGCAGUGAAUAUUUUGCGCGAGAUCGUGCAGCGGCCGAGUGUACUGUGGGACACUUUCAAUUCCCGCGUUAGCUCCGAGCUGCCCACAGGCAAUGGUAAUGGCCGCUCAGCAGAGGAGCGUGGUUAUUACUAUGAUCGUCCAAAUCCAGGUUCCAGUUAUUUUUACAAUCAAAGAAAUAAUGUAUCGCCGAAUAAUUUUUGGAAUUAUUGAAGAGACAUCGAAAGACUGACUUAAGUUGUGCAAUUAAAAUUUAGUUUAUUUAUUUGCAGAGGUUUAUGAGUUCUUCAUUAAGCAGCUUUUGUAAAUAUUCAUAAUUUUUUUAUUAUAUAUUUUUAGUUUAAGACUUCUACUUUUAGUUUCACAUGAAAGCAGUAUUAAAGAUUUUGUGUUAACUUCAUAUAAACAUUAUUAUUUAAUAAAAGUUUAUAAAUUAC